AUGGGGACUUCGCGCUGCGAGAAGAUCCCCGAAUCAGGAAGACUGCACAGAAAUCCUUUCAGCAUCGAUGCGAUUUUAUCAAUGGCACCCAAAAAAACUGAACCACUGGAAACGAGUGCAACACCCUACAUGAUGCCAUUCUACUCGGCGCCAAGCGCUCCUGCUCUUCACGUGUGGAAUCCGGGAUUGCCGCACCAGAGCCCACCUUACUGCACGGGGAGCCCAGGCGAGGGACGUCAGGAUAAAGACUUGGCUGAAACAACAGGUGAUGAUUUGACAGAAAUGAAAAGCGAUUUUGACGAAUGUCGUAAAUCGCUAAUUUUAUUCUUAUCCUUAAUUCAUUCCACAGGUUGUAAGCAUCAUAAAUGGCGAUCCAAAUCUACGUCCGUGCGGAGCGCCUGCCGACGAUUUCGGACGAUCUUCACCGAGGAGCAGCUGCGGAGACUGGAGGCGGUGUUCAGCACGCAGCGCUACUUGACCGGCGCAGACAAAGUCAUCCUGGCUUCGGCGCUGCGCCUCUCCGAGACUCAAGUGAAGGUCUGGUUUCAGAACAGAAGAACGCGGUGGAAGAAAUCUAUGGAGCCCCCUGCCAAAACAUUGCACGUGGACGGUAACAAAACCGAUGACAUUGAGGGGCGUUUGUUGUCUUCCGCCAGUUCAGAGACUGAUGAAGAUGAGUUUAUUUCAGUAGAUGAUACGGACAGCUGACCGCCGUUUUCUUUAGGAUCAUGGACUGGCGUUGAGAAGUUCACUGAGAGAUGUCACUUUAUAUGAAAAGUAUUUAAUACAGCAGAUUGUCUUAAGAACACAUUCAGUUACAUGGUCUGCGGGAUCUUUCAAAUAGUUGUACCUAAACUAUACAUAUAUAAUAUUUAAU